AUGAACUUGAAGAACCAAGUGCGUUAUAUGAAAGUAUUGAAAACGUUCUUGAAUACUUGUUAUUCUGAAGCAUUAUUAGUGGAUCCAACCAAAGAUGUCUCAAAUGGUGGGCUGGGAUUGACUUUUGGAUUCCCUACUGACGUGAAGAAUCGUGAUAAGCGAAAGCUGAAAUUGUGGACAGACUAUUUCAAAGAUAAUGGUAGAAACCUUACACUCGUAAAAUCUACUAAAUUUGCUAAAUUGACGCGUGUCGGUUUGCCAAAUAAACUGCGUGGCGAGAUAUGGGAAUUGUGUUCUGGCGCGAUGUAUCUAAGGUACACAAAUAAUGGAUUAUACGAGAAAUUACAUGAAGACAACGUCGGUAAGGUAUCGCUAUCUACCGAAGAGAUUGAGAAGGAUCUUAACAGGUCGCUUCCAGAGUAUCCCGCAUAUCAAACGCCAGAAGGUAUAAACACGCUCCGUCGUGUGUUAACUGCGUAUUCUUGGAAAGACCCUGAACUGGGCUACUGCCAGGCGAUGAAUAUAGUCGCCUCUGCUCUUCUAAUAUACAUGAGCGAAGAACAAACAUUCUGGACUCUUAGCAUUCUCUGUGAUAGGAUGCUACCAGGUUAUUAUAGCACUUCCAUGUAUGGUGCUAUACUCGAUCAAAUGAUAUUCGAGCAGUUCGUGGAAAAGACAAUGACAAUAUUGUACGAACACUUUAAGAAUGCAGACAUACAACUGUCGGUGGCAUGCUUGCCCUGGUUUUUGAGUUUGUAUAUCAAUUCGAUGCCAUUGAUAUUUGCCUAUCGGGUGCUAGAUAUAUUUUUUAUGGACGGACCAAAGAUUUUAUUUCAAAUCGGAUUAGGUAAGUUGCAACAAGUCUUAAUCGAUUCGUUUAUCGCAUUGGACUUUUUAUUCACUUUUACGUUAUCAUUUCAACAACUACUUUUAGCUAUUCUAAAGAUCAACGCUAAAGAACUCCUGGAAGUAACCGAUGAUGGCGCGUUUAUCCAUGUGCUUAAAUCUUAUUUUGCGACACUCGAUCAACCGGCAUACCCGAAAAAUCGUGAAUUGCGUGACGUUAACAAAUUCACCGAAUUAAUGAACAUAGCCUAUAGAGAUUUCUCUUCGAUAACUGAUGAGAAAGUUGCUGAACUACGCAAGACAGAACAACUCAAAGUAGUACAUAAUAUCGAAAGCUUUACAAAGCGAAGUCAAAUACGUAAUCUUAAAAAUACCUCAAAGUUCACAAAAGACCACUUGUCUAUAAUUUAUGAUAAGUUCUACACUGCGCAGUUCUACGGGUCGAAAAAGAGUACGCGUACCGACAGCCGAAUGGAUCUGAACACGUUCUAUCAGUUUAUGGGUAGUAUUGCCUCUUGGGCGAAAAUGGAUGAUGGAGAGCUAACGAAUGGUGAGGAAGUACGUGAUCGUCAUGGCCGUCGAAUAGUGGGUCAUCAAUUUAUCAGCAAACUGUUUACGCACUUUGAUAAAUCCAACGCUGGCGGGAUUUCAUUACAAGAUGCAGUUAUCGGGUUAGCAGAGAUUAUAUUCACAGACAUGAUGGGAACGAUUGAGUUGUUCUUUAAACUGCAUGAUGUUGAUCGAGAUGAAAAUCUGUCAAAGGAGGAGGUAUUACAGAUGGGAGAAAGUCUGUUGUUCAUUUGCAGGGAAAGAGAAGACGAUGGUCAUUUAGGAUCAGUGUCGAAUUUUAUCAGGAGGUCUUUUGAGUACGCCGACGUCAAGUCCAAAGGGCCUGAGUUUAAUUCAUCGCCGCAAUCUCCGGCAGCACUUCCGUCUCCAACAUCCGCUCCAGAUUUCUUUCUUUCACUUCCCGAGUUCCGUAUGCUCGUGCUUGCUGAUGAAUAUUUCGAACGUUUCUUAGACCACGAAUUUGCUUCUUCGUUCAAUCUCUCUGAACCAAUUGAAGAACGAUCGAAAGGGCUCAGCAGGGAGAUAUUUAAUGCGUUGUUCGUUGAAGGAAAAAAUCUGGCCGAGAAGGUUGGGAAGAGAAUUAUUGGCGGACCUAAUCAUAACAAUAACGAUAGCUACAAGAAAAAGGAUAGAUAUGAGGAGAAAGGGACGGAAGAGAGUGAAGGGUUGCUGAACGACGAAUUUACCAACGGUAAGGCAAGAGAUAGAUCGAGUAGUAUUGGAGAUGGAGAAGAUGAAAAUCUGUUUGAAGAAUUAGAUAAGCUUUUGGACAGUAUCGAAAUUAAUGUAUGGUUUUCGAAAUUUCCAGUAGACACUGGAACGUCAGCUAACGAUCCGACCGCAAACGAACAUGAUUUAGACAAAGUUCUUGCCGGGAUGUGA